UUGCCUUCACUGUCUGUCACUGAGGAACGGCUAACUGGACAGUCCAAGUAGAAACACUGCUUGGAUCUACAUCACAUCAUGAUUUCAGUUCAACUGUGGGGAAUUACAGAAAUUACCCCAUGCAUCAUCGCUAGUGAGUAGCCUUCCCUGCUCAUAAUACUUCUCCAACAGCCCACAGCUUUCUGAGGACGGUCGCCCCCAUGUUGCAGGGGCGGUAACGUUAGCCCGUCUUUUCUACACUUGUCGUCACGUUUCUCAUAAACAGUCUGUGCCUAUGCCCACCGGCUGCUGAACCACCGACUCUUUUGAAGCUCACUCUAUAUACAAACCAACCUAUUCGGGCGGGGUAUCUAACGCGGUUAUUAACAAGAUGGCUACGGAAAACUUGGAAAUGAACGGUGAUGCUGGGCGAAACGGCAACGCGGAGGUCCCGCUGCGAGGCCCCUGGAGGCAGCAACAGGGGCCUCUGAACAUGAACCAUUAUGCCAAUAAGAAGAGUGCAGCAGAGAGCAUGCUGGAUGUGGCUCUUCUGUUGGCUAAUGCCUCACAGAUGAAGGCUGUGCUGGAGCAAGGAUCAGACUUCACCUUCUAUGUGCCCCUCAUUACUCUCAUUAGUAUCUCCCUCAUCCUGCAAAUCAUCGUGGGAGUUCUGCUCAUCUUCAUUGUUAAGUGGAACCUGAAUGAUGAAAGCAUGCACUACAAGCUGAACAUCAUGGAGAAUUUCGCCACAGCCUUCGUCUUCAUCAUAGUCGUGGUCAACGUCUUCAUCACAGCGUUUGGUGUCCAGCGGCCCAAACUAAGCGCUUGAUCACUCUUGACGUGACUCUCUGUGCCUGCUGAUCAACUUAGUAAAGAUGGACCUCCACAUUGUUUAUGCUAAUGAACAGGAUAUUUAUUCACCAAACUAAAUGGCUAGUAUAUAACAUACUGAGGAUCAGGUUGUGUGUGUGUGAGAGAGAGAGAGAGAGAGAGAGAGAGAGAGAGAGAGAGAGAGAGAGAGAGAGAGAGAGAGAGAUCUCUAACUAUGGCUAUGGACAAAUUUGUGGUCAGUUUUCAUUUUAUGUGGGAAUUGUGUUACUGCUUAUCAUGCUCAGGUUACUGAUGCAAAUAAAUGAUUACCUUUACUUGCUAAGAAAUAUCAGGAGCAAUAUACUGUAUGUCAGUCACAACCAUUGUGAAUGUUUUCCUGGGGGAAAAAAACGCCACAGUAUAAUCCAAAUGACAUUCUGAAUAGUAAGUGCAUCAGGAGCCAUCUUAUUAUGGUGUGUGUGUGUGUGUGUGUGUGGGGGGUUAUAUGCUGCAAGUGCAAUGCAAAGUAUAGUGUGCAAUGUUUAAACUGAUUUACCUGUAUAUUAGUUAAUGUCUUUAGGUUUCCGUUGAAGUAUAUAGUGUAUGUAGUUACUUUUAGGCAUUUUUAAAUCACUUUUUUAAGGACCAAAUAUUUUU